AUGACAGCACAGCGGAUUGCGGAAAUCAACGAUGGAGAGGAAGAUAUACACAAUGGGGUGCGACGGAGUAGACGGGGGCGACAAAGGGUAUAUAACGGCGAUGCGGACGAAACAGGGUCGGUGGAUGGCGUGGAAUAUGAUCUUUACGAUGAUACGGAUAGCACCGUGGCUUACGCGGUUCAACUGGCGAUGCAGGAACGGGAGGACUGGUUGGUGGAAAAGGCAUUGGAACGGAUUCGGCGUGCGCAUGUAUCUGGACAGAAGAACAUACGAUUAUCGUCGGAGGAGCGGGAGGCACUGGAUCGCAGACGAGCGCGCCAGAAUGGGUCGAAAGGUUCUACGACAAGACAACGGAGUACGAUGGACAGUCCAAACAGGGGAACGAAUGGCAGGACCCGAACACGGCGCGGCUCUAAUUGCCGGGGGUCUCAUCAACAAACUCAUUCGUCUCCUGUGAUUUCUCUCGACUCCGACUCCGAUGGUGACAAAAAGAAAAAUGAUAGUGGAGAUGAAGUUCAGAUCAUCGAUGUGGUGCAGCGCCGAGUGCCGGUCAGCCCUACGCCGCGGACGAGGACGAGUGGUCGUUCCCGUGGUCGUCGCUAA